UAAUAAUUUAUGUAGUAGGUUUUUGUCCCCCACGGAGACGGCUCGUGAUUCGAGAGUUCAAAAGGCCUCCGGGUACAACUGCCCCUCUGCCAGCAAGUAGAAGAUCAACGAACCGUCUCUCCAUCUCCUUUACUCUCUCCGCCGAUGUCGACCACCGAUUCCUCCAGUCAUGGCGAAUCGCACGCCUCGUUCUCCAAAGAACACCAGCAAGGAGAAGAACUCGAAGUUCUCCGAAGCCACUUUCCUUCUGACUUCGUCUUUGGCGUAGCUACCUCUGCUUAUCAGGUUGAAGGGGCAUGCAAGGAGGGUGGUAGGGGUGCUAGUAUUUGGGAUGCUUUUUCACACACUAAAGGAAAAAUUUGUGAUGGAAGCAAUGGAGAUAUUUCAGUGGAUCAAUAUCAUCGUUACAAGGAAGAUAUUGACCUUAUAGCGAAGUUGGGUUUUGGAGUUUAUCGUUUUUCCAUAUCAUGGUCUCGCAUCUUCCCUGACGGAUUGGGAACCAAAGUCAAUGAUGAAGGGGUUGCUUAUUACAAUAAUGUCAUUGAUGCUCUUCUUGAGAAGGGAAUUCUGCCUUAUGUGACUUUAUACCAUUGGGACCUUCCUCUAAAUCUUCACGAGUCAAUGGGAGGAUGGUUAAAUGAGCAAAUUGUGAAAUACUUUGCAAUUUAUGCGGAUACUUGUUUCGCAAAUUUUGGUGAUAGAGUAAAGAAUUGGGUUACAUUGAAUGAGCCUCUUCAAACAGCGGUGAAUGGAUAUGCUACUGGGGUAUUUGCUCCUGGAAGAUCUGACCAUUCGUCAACAGAACCUUAUUUGGCUGGACACCACCAAAUCCUCGCCCAUGCGGCAGCUGUUUCCAUAUAUAGAAAUAAAUAUAAGGAAAAGCAAGGGGGACAAAUAGGCUUGGUAGUAGAUUGUGAAUGGGCUGAAGCAUUUUCAGAUAAAAUUAAAGAUUUAAAUGCUGCAUCGAGGCGUCUUGACUAUCAGCUUGGAUGGUUUUUGGACCCAAUAUUUUUUGGAGAUUAUCCUGCAUCUAUGCGUGAAAGAAUUGGAGAUCAGCUUCCAAAAUUCUCUCAGGAAGAUAGGGAGUUGCUUGGAAACUCAAUAGACUUUGUUGGUUUGAAUCAUUAUACAUCAAGAUUUAUUGCUCAUGGAGCAAAUAACGGUGAAGAGUUUGACUUUUACCAGGUCCAAGAAACAGAGAGAAUUGCUGAAUGGGAAGGAAGCAAGGUUAUUGGUCAAAGGGCAGCAUCACCGUGGCUUUAUGUAGUUCCUUGGGGCAUACGGAAGGUUCUCAAUUACAUUACACAGAAAUACAACAAUAUACCAAUAUAUAUUACUGAAAAUGGCAUGGACGAUGAAGAGGAUGAUUCUUCCCCACUCCAUGAGGUUCUAGAUGACAAAAUGAGGGUUGGCUACUUCAAGGGUUAUCUAGCUGCAGUUGCUCAGGCAAUCAAAUAUUGCGGUAGUGAAGUGUGAAUGCAAGAUGGGAGAAGAAAAUAUUUGUGCACCACUAUUUAAAUACAUGGGAGUUGGUUUACAUUUCACUUUGUGUGGGUAGGUGACAACAGUGUAGAGUAAAUACAUCCAAACGAGCAAGGCAUUAAGCGUUUUUAUGUUCUUGUGCUGAAUGCAUGGGCAGGGAUGGAGCUAAUGUGAAGGGAUACAUUGCUUGGUCAUUAUUGGACAAUUUCGAGUGGGGCCAAGGUUAUACCAAGCGUUUUGGUUUAGUUUACGUGGACUACAAGAAUGGGUUGUCUCGGCACCCAAAAUCAUCUGCACUUUGGUUCUCGCGGUUCCUGAAAGGUGACAAAGGGAAGCAAGGCAAGGAAGCGUGAUGAUUUUCAUCUUCACUUGUGGACGUGCACCACCUGAAAAAACCCAUCCCAUCCCUUUUGUCUAUUUAUGCAACUUGUUUACUGCAGACUCUGUUUUGUGUGAACUUAUUUAUGUUUCUCUGUAAUUGCCAAAACUGUCCUUGAUGUUCUCAGUUGCUUCACUCUGUCACAAUACUCAUUCCUUAAAAAUAGAAAUGAUCAGAUUGUGUUGCUUAUCAA